GGCAGCGGGGUGAGAUCGGGGCAGGCGGAGGCAACGCGGGGCUCGCCGUGGGCAACCCCAAUGCGUGGACUAUCCGCUGCUGCAUUAUGCUGGAGCUACAGUUCCGCUGAAGGGAGUGUGCACACGGCCGGCUGGGCUGGACUGCAGCGCUGCCGUUCCUUAUGAAGAAGGCACAAACUUGGAUUAUCGCUUGCUUUUGUCUUCAACUCCUCCUGCUGAAUCCUCUUGUCAAAGCCCAGAGUUCCUGCGGGAAUCCAGUGACAGAUGAUGUGAAUGACAUUGCCAAGCUGGUUGGAAAUCUCCCAAAUGAUUAUAUGAUAACCCUGAAAUAUGUCCCGAAGAUGGACAGCCUGCCUAAUCACUGUUGGUUGCAUUUGAUGGUGCCUGAAUUUUCCAAGAGUCUGCAUAACCUUCUCCAGAAGUUUUCAGAUCUUUCAGACAUGGCUGAUGUUUUAAGCAACUAUUCCAUCAUCAAUAACCUCACCAGGAUCAUGAAUGACCUGAUGGCAUGCCUAGCUUUGGAUAAAAAUAAGGAUUUUGUGAAAGAAAAUGGUCACCUCUAUGAAGAAGGUCACUUCGUUCCUGAGGAGUUUUUUAGGCACUUUAAUAGCACCAUUGAGGUCUACAAGGAGUUUGCAGACACGUUAGAGAAGAAUGACUGCAUUCUGCCUUCCACAGUGGGAACACCAGAGAAUGAUUCCAGGGUUGCUGUCACAAACCCAUUUUUGUUUCCUCCUGUUGCUGCCAGCUCCCUGAGGAAUGACAGCGUUGGCAGCGACAGUAGCACUAACAAAGAGGCCCUUGGCUUCAUUAGCAGCUCCAGCCUGCAAGGGAUCAGCAUAGCACUGACAUCACUGCUGUCUCUGCUCAGUGGCUUUAUUCUGGGAGCCUUAUACUGGAAGAAAACACAUCCCAAAUCCAGAGCUGAAAGCGAUGAGAGCACGCAGUGUCACGACUGUCAAGAGGAAAAUGAGAUAAGUAUGUUGCAGCAAAAAGAAAAGGAACAUCUACAAGUGUAGCUGUUGCUUUUUCUCCCUCAACACUGUUACUGAUUCGUGUACUGGCAGGUAACAGUUCCAUGUUCGCUUCAUAACUGAAGCAGCUUUAAGCACAUUGGUAUUCCUUCUGGAGUGACAGACUGAGUCUGCAUCUGUUGUUGCUGCCCAUGACUCCA